GGAGUGCUGUGUGCAUAUGCUGCCAACCAGAACCUGAGCUCUCAGGUGAAGAACAUACGGAGAUUGGUCAACAGUAACAUGAGGGACCUGCACACCUUCGCUAAUGACACGCCAAUGCAAAUUGAUUACCUAAUAUCCCAAUAUGCCACAGCAAAGAACAAAGUCAUCUAUGACCUAGAUAAUAUAGGUCCAUUAUUGGGAGGAAGGAUACAUGAUCAGUUGGAUAAGGAGGUCCAUCCUGCCUUGGACAGAGUUCUCAAUAUGGCUGCAGCCAUGCGAGAAACCAAGGAAGCCCUGGAGAACGUCAAUGUGGGUCUGGAGGUCCUCCAGGAAGGAACAGGGAAACUCAACUUCAACCUGAGUCUGGUCCGGAGCAACAUCAACCGCACCCUCAACGACCCAGGUUGUCAUGACGAGGAGUCAGACGCCACCUCUGCCCAGCUGUGCCGCAACAUCCGACAGUCACUGUCCCAGCUGCAGAUCAGUGCCAACUUCACACGGCUAUCCAACGUGAACGCUCAGCUGGAAAAGGUGAACAACGUCUUGAGAACAGACCUCAGUGCUAUCGUCCAGAGGGGUUUUUCCUCUUUGAAUGACACACCACAUAUGGUGAUUGAACAGACCAGAAGUGUUGUGGACAGUGUACAGAGUUUAGUGGACGGCAUUGGCAAUAACAUCAGCAGCUUUUCCAAAGUAUUCCCUGUUCAGAGUUGCCUGUCCAACUUCACCAUCUUCAUUAGCCAUGCCCAUGCCAAGAUUGAGGACUACUACCCUGAGAUUGACAAAAUGGACUUCUACAGGUGGAUUGGCUGUAUUGCUCUUUGCUGCAUGGUGGUCCUGGUCCUGGCCUUUAACUACCUGGGCCUGCUGUGCGGCACCCUGGGAUACGACAAGCAUGCCUCACCUACGACACGAGGCUGCAUCUCGAAUACAGGCGGAACAAUGCUCAUGGCCGGCGUUGGAUUUAGCUUCAUCUUCUCCUGGGUGUUGAUGGGAGUGGUGACCGUUAUCUUUCUGGCUGGAGGAAACAUGGAGAAACUUGUUUGUGAACCCUUCCACACCAAAGAAGUCUUCAAGGUCGUGGACAACCCAUAUCUGGUCAACCCAGAGUGGAAGAACUUCAUCCCUGGCUACAUGUACAACGAUUCCGACCUGGAGCUGACAGCAGAGAGCUUGUACAGUACUUGCAAAGAGAACAAAGGCAUCUACUCAGCCAUGCGUCUGGACAAGGUCUUCAACAUCUCCUCUUUCCUGAACACUACAGUGUUUACUAAGGAUGUGGUGAGUCAGCUGGACAGUGUCAAGAUCGACCUGAGGGGAAUAAUCCUGUUAGAGGCAGAGGGCAAGCAGAACCUCCUGGAUUUCUCUGAAGCCGGGCUGUCAGAAAUCAACUAUGCAGACUACCUGGAAGAGGUCAACAAAGGAGUCACUGUGGUGGACCUGAUCUCAUUUGCCAGAGAACUGGAGGCACAGACAGACCUCAUGCCCAGAGGUGCUCUGAAGACUUCUCUGAAAGGCCACGUCGGCACUCUGCGGCAGAUCCAUAGUCAACAGAUCAUCCCCAUGGAGCAGGCCAUGAGUGCACUGAACCAGAGUAUGAGGUUCCUGGAGAGAACAGCCUCAGACCUGCCAAACAAAGUUUUAGCAGUUCUUGAUGCCAUUGAUGCUGCCCAGUACCUCAUCUCCCAGAAUGCUACACAUUUAAUAAUUCGGGAAACAGGAAAAUUCACAGCGACUAUUGUUGGCUACUUCCAUCAAUACAUAGAAUGGGUCAAAACAUCUCUGGCCAUGGAGGUCGCACCGUGCAAGCCCUUCAGCAACAUGGUGGACACGACGGAAAUCAUUACUUGCAGUUUCUUGGUCGACUCCAUGAACACAUUCUGGAUGGGCCUUGGCUGCAGCACUCUCUUCCUGCUCCCAAGCAUCAUCCUAGCAGUUAAACUAGCCAAGCAUUACCGCAGGAUGGAAACAGAGGAUGUUUACGAUGACAUUGAGACAAUUCCCAUGAAAACUAUGGAAAUUGGUAAUAAUGGUUAUCAUAGUGAGCUCUCACAAGGUAUUCCAAAUCCUAUGAUGACAAGCAUCCCUACCUAUGACACUAUGAACAGGUUCCCACGGGCCUCAGCUCCUCCGAGGCACAUCGACUGGUGACAGAGAGCUGGCACUUAUUCUUGCUCCUGAAAGUGCCCUCGGAAACUGGAACUAAAUACACCAUAGCCCCUCGGAUCAGCAGAAGCUAAAUGAAAGAUGAUUCUUUACAACAGAAGAAGAACACACGAAGCCCUUUGGGUGUUUUUAUCUUUAGUGAUCAACUCAACCUCCUCAAACAGGCAGAUCACAGCCUACAGUACAGUUACCUGCUCUCCAGCAACCCCCUGCCCCUCCAAGAAACUCAGAACAUCAAACUCUUCACCCUCAGCAUCAAUCUGAGCCAGACUUGUUCUGCAUUUUUUUCAAAGGACUGCUGUGUCUGCGUUUACAUUUGUUCAGACACAAAACCAAGCUGAAAAUGCAUUCAGCAAGAGGACAUGACAAUAACUGGGAUGUCAUUUUAAUGUACUUGUUUGUGCUUAAGAAGACAGCAACUGAAAGGUCACCCAAAGGUUGUGGCAAGCUGCUAGAGGAAAUGUUUUCUCCUGCAUUUCGAAUGGAUGUAUCACAUUCAACACAAGCUAAUGUUAAAAGUGGAACAGUCUGUCAAUACAACUGUGAGGAAAGUGUUUUGUUGAAAAUAGCACCUCCCUUUUUAACUACAGCAUGUGUGAAUUGGUGGGUGUGUGCUUAAUGACUGAGAACUGGAUGAUUUUAACAAAGUGGGUUUAAAAAAUGAAACAGCUUGUUCCCAGGUAGAUGUUUGUCAUUAAUAUGAAGAAAUUAAGCAUGACUUUUUAAAAUGUUUACAAUAUUACAAAACAUCCAGAGUUUGACUGGUUUGGGGAAAAUUGCAAAUGACUGGUUGCCUUUCUGAAGUAUGUGUUACCCUGGCAUUUUGACAGAUGUGCUUCUUCUCAAAGGGAAAAUCCACCCAUAGAUGCUCUUACACUGUUAAAAAUCUAUGAUGUUCGAUGUGUACAUGGAAUUAUUUUGUGGUAUCGUUUUUAAAACGUACUCUUUACUUUUGCUUGUCAUUUAACUGUGUGCCAGGUCUUCAUUUCCUUUAUUUCCCAGAAUGCCUUUAAACAAAAAUAUUAUAAACAAAAGACAAAUAUUCAUAACAUGGCUUGUUAUUGCAUUUUGGUUUAGUAAGGCAGAUGUCAGUUUGUAUUCUAAAUACAUUUUAGACCAGUGGUUCCCACAUAUCUUGUCUAGUCACCCUUUAAAAUUAAUCAAUUUAUAGUUGCAGCUCCUCCUUAAAGGUUAUAUAUCUCACUGAGUGGUAAGUUUGACCAAAGAGUGAUUUUCUCUGCACAGACUGGUUUAUUUAAAUAUUUUUUAAAACCCGAAAAAGAUAUCCAAUUUAAGAAAUAUCAUAAAAAUUAGACCCCUCAGAUUUAUCUUGGGACCAUUUAGGGAGCAUCACCCCCAGGUUGGGUACCACUGUCUCCAUUGUAGAUGUACUGGAAAUAUCUAACCACGACAUCCUGCCAUCAAUGUUUGGCCGUUAAUCACAGGAGUACCAACAAAAACAAACAACAAAAUCUAUUUCAAAAAAUGCAUCGCAACAUUUGAACACACCAACAACGAAAGGAUUUUAGGGUGGAUUUUAGGGUGGAUUUAGAAAAUCAGAACAUCUGUCCUUAAUACAUCACACACUAUUACAAAAGUGUCGGGUUUAUAUAUUUUUCCCUAGGUGAUGAAUAGAUUAACAACACAAGCUAUCAUGUUGAGUUCACUAACAUGACAUUUUUAUUGAUAUCGUUCUUGCUUUCCCAGUGAUGAUACUUUUUAAAGUGGAGAAAUACUUUCUCAAGCCAAAUUAUUAUUUUUUACUGUAGGUCUCAGGUCUUUAGUAGUCUAGCAAGUAUGUGCUUAUUUUGUUUCUGCUUUUUAAAACCCCACAGUAGCUAUGGAUACAUUCAAAAAAUAUAAAACGAGUGAAUGUAUUCAAGAGCUAUUUUUUAUUUUGUAUUUCUUGAAAUAUGCUGAACUCUAUCACUAACGCAUUGGACAAGCCAAUCCAGUUUUCCACCCACCUCACCUCCAUGUUUACAGGUUAGAUUUGCAGCUGCUGUCAGCAUCUGAUUGGCGUAGUAAUGAUGGGGAUAAGUUAGACAAUCCAGUGAGUGCAGUCAAUCAAAUAGUAGAAAACCAGUAGAAUGCUUUAAGGUUUACACAGUUGAUGGUGUUGAUGUACACUGAAAAUAGUAAUGUCCAUCUUAACAUUGAAAUUGUUAACAUUGUCUCUGAAUACGCUUUAACAGUACUAAAGUGUUUGAUCCCCUGCCAACAGCAUCAAAGCUGUGUCACUUGACCCAACAAAACUGAUUAACAUUGAAAACUACUAACAAUAUUUGAUCUGAUGUACAUGAUUCUCUUUUUAAUUACCAUUUUUAAUCGGAUCAAAAGGAAUAACCCAUAGUUUUCAUAAUUUUAGAUACAUGUUUGCAAUACUGAUCCAGGCUAGCUGGUAGCUUAUGCUAGAAAGCUCGCUAGCUAACUUUCUUGUUCUACAUACAGUAGCUCAUAUACUAGUACAUGUACAGUACUGUAUCCUACAGUAUAUGUAGCAAUAGUAGCUAUACAAGCAGUGCGUAGUAGGCCUAUAUACUGCAUACAAGGAAAAAAAAUCUUCAUAAUUAUAAGUUAGCAUAAGAUAUUAGUUGACAAUGUUUACUUGUUUCAUUUCAGUACCCAGUUUCUUGUUAAGAUGGACAUUUUUAAAGUAUCUGUGUGCUCACUUUGACAGGACUAUCAGUGGUUUUCUUGUCUGCUAGAGUCUGGAUGUGACCCAUCUUGGGAGAAAAAUUGUACGAUUUUACUAAGUGCUUAAACUAGACAUCGUGUAUCCAAACCCUGGAUGGAUGUGUCAGGAAAGAUACAUUGGUAACUGGUUUUAAAAUAUGCUCCAAAGUUGGGCACAGAUGGAAGAGGAACAUAUUAUGUGAUGGUGAAAAAAGAGUGUAUAAAUUGUGAAUAAACUUUGAAAUUCAA